GAUAUUUUGUACUCGUAAGUAAACUGCUGCUUCGACAUGCGUACAAAUGAGCAUGGCAUGCACUUUGAGAUUCACGGAGCUAGACAUGAUCACGUGGAGAUAAGCUUUCCCGAUAAGAGAAUUUCAUUCUCGCAUUCACUUUGCACGUCGAGUAUCAAACAAACAAACAAACAAAAAGAUGGCGAGACUGGAUCAAUCGAAUGUUACAGAGAAGCGCAAGCGCUCACGGAAGAAGAAGUCCAGGCUAGAGGUCUCAUCCUCCUCAGAAAGCGAGAGCGAAGUGGAGCAGAGACAACGCAAAAAGUCGACGACAAAAGCUAUUGUGACCGAAGAAUCCAACCCACAGGAAACGAUCAAGAAGGCUAGGAAGAAGAAGAAUGCGGUCACUCAAGUAGAUGAAGAUGCAUCAAUGCUUGACGCCGAAGAACCAUCACACGAUGUCUCUGCAGAGCAAAAGUCUCGGCCAUCGCAACCAGACGAAGAUUUCACAUCGAUCUACCUGAGAAAGAUUACCGCAGAACUUGGUGACGAUCUCAACAAAGUGCGUGAAGCGCAAGACUUCACCGCAAAGAGUCUACCCAUGUUGAUCCAUGCCCUGAAGCAAGGCGAGAGUAUCUUCUCGACCGAAGAGAAGAAGAGGGUGGUGGGUGCUGUAAACGCAUAAAUAGUUUCUAUCGGUAUUCGAGGCGUUAUGGAACAAGCGUGCAUCUGGUGGAUUUUUAAUGUUUCUUUGUUUUCAUUUAGAUAUCAGUCACAUGUGUGACACGAGCCGGGGUGGCAGGGUUCUCAGUGUACCAGACACUCAAGACCCAUUGCGGCCGUCCUAGUUUAUGAAUGGUUGAGAUACCUGAAGUAUCAACAUGGUCGCCCUAUCAAUAGACCGCAAUAUCUAGACCCGACCGCCAUUCUAGCUCGAUCUGCCAGGCCAGGUAGAAUGGAUGCUUGAUAAC